CAACCAUAAAUAAUAAGCAAGCACCCAAGAUCACAUCAAUUGGACAGGGUGUCAGGGUUGGGACAUCAGAACCUGUUACAACAUAAAAGUUUGGCAUGAACAUCAGAGAAAUUUCAUAAGCAGCAAGGUUUACAAUGCAAGACAUUUGGGUGCAAAGUUACCAUUCAAGGACAAAUCAACAUAAAGCUCCUAGUAACCUUUUUUUUUUAUUUUUUGUACAAUCUGCAGACACAAACUGUCAUCAUCAUUUAUGAGGAACUCAAUGCCCACAAAUGAUCACAACUUAGAAAUGGCGAUAUAUAACUGAGAUAACAAAAACCAUAUUUGGGCAAGAACACUCCAGCUCCAUCGAGAGCCUGAUCUUAGCUUUUAUUGACGGUCAUGGCAUAGCAAAUUUGGAUAAGGAAUUGCCUUUUCUUCAUCGUAAAAGGUCAUCUUUCACCAUGAAUAUUUAAAGCAAUUCUCAAUAUAGCAAUCAAACCAUGCAAAAUAAUAAUAAUAAUAAUAAUAAUAGUGAAUAGCAUUAAAGAGAAGAGAAAGGAACUACACAGAAAUGAGAGUUGUGCAAAGCAAGGUAUGAGUCGCCUCAUACCAGAUAAGACACAACACCAUCACCAAGCAAAAAUCAAAAAGAAGAUACCAACAGUAAAAGAGCAUGGUGGUAAUUUUAAUUACCAUUAACCUGAUGAUCUUAUACAAUUCUGCAAUCGUUAAGGAAGAAAGAACACUUACCAUAUGCCUAAGAACGAAUCCUGCAAGCUUAAAUGAGAGGAAAAAAUACAAAUUUUCAAUAGAAAAAGUUUAAAAGUAAUCUAAACACAACUCUUUUGUUUUUGGUACAACACAUGAAAACAGAGGGAAUUGGUUAAUUCUUAACCUUUCAAUGACAAACUUAUUACAUAAUGCUCUUUGGCUCGUCCUACAACCCUCCACCAGAACUUCUGUAUUUUGUCCAAGUCCAUCUGGUGUUUGAAACUGGAAUAAAAAUGUCAAACAUCAUUAGAUUUGCAGCCAACGAUAAUAGCAUAAGUGCAUAACCCAUCUUGUGAAAGUGUAAAGCGAGGCAUCAAGCAUAAACUUCGUUGGAUUGUAUUAGCCGGACUUAGAGCCCGAAUAGGAGAACAGCGAAGCAGACAAAGAGCAAACCAAAUAUAAACCCAUGAAGCAACAAAUAGCAUUAAGAAUAACUGUUACCCAAGUGGGUUGAAACAAAACUCAGAAAACAAAUAGAAGCAAUUAGAAACAGAAACUGUAAAAAAUAAUCACUUGUACCCAUCCACCAUUUCAAAGACACAGAACAUCACUAACCUUUGCAUGUAUCUUUGAUUUCAACGGAAGUUGUGACACGGUUGUCCACUCCCCUCGCUUGAGUGUGCAUACUCUCAAACGUUGUUAUCGAAUCCAUGCUAAUUGAACCAAUUUCUUGGCACCGAAAACCCGGAGGUCACUGCCGUUUUCUUUCAUUGGGUUUAGAGAGAGACACAGAAGAGAGGGAGAAACUUUGCGAGGAACAUUGGGGGGUUUCAGACAAAGGAAAGCGGAAGAUAUGGUUAAACUGGGUUGGGUAGUGGGAAAGGAGUUGACUUGUGAUAUGGGUUCCUCCAUGGAUGUUGGCGUGUUGAAAGAAGUUGUGUGGCAAAGUGGGUUGCAGAUGAGAGAAAGAAGAGAAGUGCUCGUACAAUUGAUGGAUGGUAGCGUGUCGGGCAGAAGCGGAGAUGUAUAUUGAGCGGGAAAGCAAGGUCCCUGGGAAAGAGCCCAAGACUUUUUGUUAUGGUCGAAGGACGAAAGGACUGAAGGGGGCCCCGAACUUGCAGAUCUUUUUGCAAGUCCGCGGUAGACGUACGGAACGGAUGGGCGAUGAAUCGAGCGAGAUCAGGCGGUGGGAGAAUGGUGAUUUGACCAAUGAAGGGGCGGGAGUGCGGACGAAAGGACUGAAGGGGGCCCCGAACUUGCAGAUCUUUUUGCAAGUCCGCGGUAGACGUACGGAACGGAUGGGCAAUGAAUCGAGCGAGAUCAGGCGGUGGGAGAAUGGUGAUUUGACCAAUGAAGGGGCGGGAGUGCGGCAGACGGCGACGACUCCAUCGUGGGGAGCAACCUGAAAGAGGAACCAGAAACCCUUUUGGAGUAAACGACAAAAAGUGAA